AUGUUUGUCCGUGUAGUGUCUCUGGCCGUGUCUCCGGGGUCGAGCAUAUUUGAAGGCGGGUGGUUCAUCCUGAAGUGUGUCCCAAUAGAGAGCACCUCAAACUGGAGUGUUUACCGGAACACGAGCCAUCGGCCAGAGCCCAAGACUUGUGGAGCGUGCUGGGGUAGACCCUUGCAGGACAGCUGUAAGGUGGGACUGGCCGUCACCUGGGACAGCGGCCAUUACUGGUGCCAGUCCACAGAGGGCGCUGUCAGCCCCGUGGUCAUCGUCCGAGUGAGCAGUGGGAAUCUCCUGGUGCUGCUACCGUCCCUCCCGGUCUCUCUGGGGGACAACGUGACUCUGAGGUGUCUGAACCGCAGCCUCUUGCCCGUCUCCGCCCUCUUCCACCGAGGCGACCUGCUCCUGAGCCCGGGGCCCAGCACAAGCCUCAGUUUCCGGGCCAUGAGUCUCGAUGACCGUGGCUGGUACCGGUGCAGCCACGGAGCCGUGGAGUCUCCUCAGGUCCUGCUGCAAGUGCUCAACCGCAGCGUGACAGGCGGCGAGAGCGAGGUCCCCCCAUGGGUCCAUCCCACAAUCUCUUCUUCUGACCCCAGCCCCAUGCAUCUGGUCCUGAGGAUCCUCCGCCACCUGCUGGUCUGCUGUCCUUACUGCGUGUCCACUGUGAUAGUGGUCUCUCUUUAUCGACAACAACACAAAGGUCUGGCCUUCAAACAAUGA